AUGACAGCCAGACAGUACGUGGUCAUUGGCGGCGGUAUAAUAGGCAGCAGCACAGCAUACUACAUAAGCAAGCAUUCCCAAUUUAAUCCAGACAGCGACAAGAUUACUAUUGUCGAAUCAACAGCCAUUGCAUCAGCUGCAUCUGGGAAAUCAGGCGGAUUUCUAGCAGAAGAUUGGCAUGGCCCAGAUACAGAGGGCCUCGCAGAGCUUUCCUACAGCUUGCACAAGCAGCUCUCCGAUGAGUACGACGGUGUCAACAACUGGGAAUACAGGCCUGUCAACGCACUCAGCCUUAUGGGUCAAGUUGGCCCAAAGAAAGGCAAAGUGGAUGAUGCAAAAAAGAAGGGCGCUCAUUGGCUGAGUGACAAGGUCGUUGACAAGUGCAGCGUUCUCGGUACACCACCAAGCACAGCACAAGUUACACCAGAACCUCUGGUUCAAACUCUCGCUGAACUGAGUAAAGCAGAUGUGGUAAUCGCGUCAGCUGAGCAGGUCAAUCGAGACAACGAUGGCAAUAUCUUCUCGGUUCGAGCGCAGACGAAAGAGGGUAACUCUGUUGAAAUACCUGCAACUGAUGUCGUCUUAGCAGCUGGCCCAUGGACAGGCAGACUCGCACAGAAGCUACUGUCACCAGCAGAAGCAAGAAAGUGCAGCGUGACAGGACAGAGAGCGCACUCUAUAAUCGUUAGGCCAAGCCAGGGCAAAACACUCACUGACCACUGUCUAUUCACUAUGGUGAAGGAGAGAACGACGACCCACGAGCCAGAGAUCUACUGCAGACCUCAAGGCACAGCAUAUAUUUGUGGUGCUUCCGACACAGUUCCUCUCCCCGAAGAUGCGUCUAAAGUAGUACCAUCAAAAUCCGCCAUCGCAGACCUCAAAUCACAAUCGGCAUUGAUAUCGGAUUACUUCGACAGCUCAAUGUCUGUUGAAAAGGAACAAGCGUGCUACUUGCCAAUAUCAGCAUCACAUUCUCCAAUAGUUGGAAAGGUGAGUGAUGGAGUCUUUAUUGGAGCUGGCCAUGCGGUAUGGGGAAUAACACUUGGAGUUGGUACUGGUAAGGUACUGAGUGAGAUUAUGAUAGACGGAAAAGCCUCGUCGUGUGACGUCGGCAGUCUAAAGCCAUAG